CUAGCCUCCUUCUCCGUUUCAGCUCGUCCAUUCUCUCAGUUUAGACUGUUUUCUCUGUCAUUUACGCCCGUGUUUCAGUCAUUUCUAGGGUUCUUCGCCCCUGGAUAGUACCAGGACCCUUGUGCCCCGGCCCUUGAUCAUACUCCAUUUUCAACCAAAUCUGGAAUAUUUAAAGCAGACAAAGUUGGGUGAUGGUUGGAUUCAUUUGCGUUAUUCUAACAGCUUUUUGAAUUUAUGCCGGGUGCCCGGGUGUGAUGAUAAAUACGAAUUUGUUGCUUUGAUGCGGUAGUAAUCAAAGGAGCGAGUCGAAGAAGAAUGGCAGGGCAGAAUCCAAGUACGGAGCAAUUUGAAGUCUACUUCCAGAGAGCAGAUCUGGAUCGGGAUGGUAGGAUCAGUGGAGCUGAAGCUGUUGCUUUUCUCCAAGGCUCCAAUCUACCGAAACAGGUUCUAGCUCAGGUAUGGAUGCAUGCUGAUCAGAGCCAUAGUGGCUUUCUGAGUCGUGGGGAGUUUUAUAAUGCUCUGAAAUUAGUGACAGUGGCACAAAGCAAGCGAGACUUAACACCAGACAUUGUCAAGGCGGCAUUGUAUGGUCCUGCUUCAUCUAAAAUUCCAGCUCCACAAAUAAAUGUUGCAGCUAUACCUGCACCACAAUCAAAUUCUGUUGGUGCUGCACCUACACCUCAUUCAACUUCUGCUGGUGCUACAUCUGUUCAACAUAUGAGAAUGGUUGGACCUCAGAUGGGUCCUGUUACGCCGACUGCCUCUCAACACUUUGGGUUCAGAGGGCAGGCACCACAUAAUCAGCAGUACCUCCUAUCUCACGGUAGCCAUCCAAUAAGACCUCAUCUCACUGCAACUUCCGCUGGUAUGCUGCAACCUCAGCAUGGUGUUGCCACUGUAGAUUUCCCCAAGGGUGGCGGUGCAGUCACUUCUGCCCCUGUUACCCCGCAUGGUGUUUCUUCUGGGAUCACAAGGGAAUCACCUACACCUACACCUGAUAGAGGGAUUAGUCCACCAACAACUGCUCUAGUUGCAUCAAGAUCCCUGGACUCACUGUCAGCUUCUAUCUUUACAGCAGCCANGAUCCAUCCGCACAAGCAUGCUUCAGACUCAAUGUUCGGAGGAGAAACCUUUUCCGCAUCUAAAAAUCUACAGAGGCAGGGGUCUGAUCCUACCAUUUCAGCAAGUAGUGUACCUCCUUCCACUACCCUGGCCCAUGUUACUCCCAGGUCAAUGUCUUCUGGUAAGGCUGACCCUUUUGAGGAAUUGCAAAGAACUCUUACGAGGCCAUCUACUGGCAGUCCGCAACAGUUAAUUCAAACAACAACAAAGGACAGCCAACAACUUCCUGCCCAAACAGUAGCACCACUUCCAUCGCCUGUAAUUUCAGCAGGCACAUUGAAUUCUACUAUAGAACAGAUACAUGCAUCUUGGCCAAAAAUGACUCCGGCUGGUGUUAAGAAGUAUGCAAAAGUGUUCAUGGAAGUGGACACUGACAGAGAUGGAAGAAUCACAGGAGAACAGGCACGGAAUUUGUUUUUGAGCUGGAGGUUGCCAAGAGAGGUCUUAAAGCAGGUCUGGGAUUUGGCUGAUCAAGAUAAUGAUAGCAUGCUAUCUUUGAUGGAGUUUUGCAUUGCUCUCUAUUUAAUGGAGCGAUACAGGGAAGGCCGUUCUAUCCCAUCAGCACUUCCAAAUAGUGUAUUGUGUGAUGAGACUCUGAUAUCCUUGGCUGGUCCUACAUCUCUAUCUCAUGGAACUGCUGGCUGGGGUGAAACACCUGGCUUGAGGCCUCAUCAAGUGUUGCCUGGUUCACAGCCUCACAUGCAUACUGGUCUAAGUCCUCAGAAGCAGGAUGUGGCUCCUCAACCUCACGGAUCAUCACAAUUCAAUAAGCGAAACGUAAAAUCUUUAUCCAUGCAGAACAGUAUUCCAAAUCAGUUAACUAGUGGGGAGCAGAACUCAUUCGAGUCAAAAGGAGGAGUGGAAGAAGAUAUGAAGGUUGGGGAUAAGGAGAAGGCUAUUUUGGAUUCCAGAGAUAAACUCGAAUACUAUAGGACAAAAAUGCAGGACCUUGUUCUCUACAAGAGUAGAUGUGAUAACCGGCUCAAUGAGAUAAUGGAAAGAGCUUUAGCUGAUACACGAGAGGCUGAGUUGCUCCAAAAGAAAUAUGAAGAGAAGUACAAGCAAGUUGCAGAAGUUGCUUCUAAAUUAACAAUCGAGGAGGCUUCUUUUCGUCACAUCCAGGAGAGGAAGCUUGAAUUACAACAUGCGAUCAUGAAGAUGGAAGAAGGUGGCAGUGCAGAUGGUAUUCUUCAGGUUCGUGCUGAUCGCAUUCAAUCUGAUCUUGAGGAGCUUUUGAAGGCUUUGAUGGAAUUUUCCAAGCAACACAAUGUAGCUAUGAAGUCCUCUGCAAUAAUUGAACUCCCCCAUGGUUGGGAGCCGGGUAUUGCAGAAAUAUCUGCUGUUUGGGAUGAAGAUUGGGACAAAUUUGAAGAUGAAGGAGUUACUUUUGAUAUUGCUGUGCCUGCAAAUACCAAAUCAACAUUGCAUCCCAUCCCCAUAAAUGAUGGGACUAAGUCAGAAAACCGUUACCGUCAAGGAGUUACAUCCUUUGAAACAGAAUCAGCAAAUACAUACGUGGAUGAGUCUAAAAGCCCCCCGGGGGGUAGCCCUGAGUUUCAAAGACCAUUUCAAAGCAUCUCCGAGGAUCUCUCUGAUGAUCAUAUUCGAAAGAGUUUUGAAAAAGAUGCUGAAACUAAUCGAAGCUUCGAAGAAUCUGCUUUAGAUAACUUUGGCAAUCAUGAUGAUGUAGAUCCAGUUUGGGGCUUCAGUGAGAAGGACUCUGAUCAUGAUAAUCAUGGGGAAAACUAUUUCUUUGGAUCUGGGGGUUUUGGUGAAAGUCCAUUGAGAUCGGAAUCCCCAGCUGUAGGGAAGAAUAGCCUGUUCACCUUUGAGGAUUCUGUUCCUGGGUCUCCACUCUCUAGAGCUGGAAAUUCACCAAGAUACAGUGUUGGGUCAGGGGAUCCCUUUGAAACUUUCUCCAGGACUGAUUCCUUCUCUACUCAUCAUGAUCAUAGCUCUUCUCCUAGGAGAGGAACUCUCACACGAUUCGAUUCCAUCAACAGCAGUGUUGGCGAUGAUCGCAAUCCAGGUUUCUCUUAUGAUGAUUCCGACCCCUUUGGGUCUAGUAGUGCAUUUAAGGUGUCAACAGCAAGUCAAACCCCUAAAAAAAGUUCUGAUAAUUGGAAUGCUUUCUAGUUUGUAAAACCUUGGGGUCUACACAAACCAAGUUCUACACGCAUUCCACCAUAUAUGUUGCUGAUACAUGAAUCGUUUUUGUAGUUGUAUAGCAGUCCAAUUUUUUUAAGGUUUGAUUUCUCCGCCGCAGCAUACAUUCAAUUUAAAAAUUCAGAUGAGACUAAUAGUGUGAUAACUGUUAGUGGAGAGCAUGUAAUGUCAUGCCAUAUAAUUUUUUUUGGCUUUCCCCUUCUCGGGAACAUGUUUUGCUUACAUGUUCGUGUGGCAUAGACUUGUUACGGAAUGCCUGAAACAGAUUGUAUGUCCUGCAUAUUUUAAGUGUAUCUAAAAUGUCUUUGUAUUCAGAAUCUUUUCGUGCUACCGGAAAGUUCUUGUGCUAUUCUAAAAUGAACAGGUUAUGUUUUG